AUGGGGAAUUCAUUCGGGUGUUCGGCCUCCGGCGAGAGGCUGGUGUCGGCGGCGAGGGACGGGGACUUAGUGGAGGCGAAGAUGCUUCUGAACUGCAACCCCUGUCUCGCCAAGUAUUCAACCUUCGGUGGCCUCAAUUCUCCACUCCAUUUUGCAGCCGCCAAAGGCCAUAACGAGAUUGUGGCAUUGUUGCUGGAGAAUGGAGCUGAUGUUAAUUCCAGAAAUUAUUGUGGCCAGACGGCCUUGAUGCAAGCUUGUAGAUAUGGGCACUGGGAAGUUGUACAGACACUUCUACUCUUCAGAUGCAAUGUUAUGAGGGCUGAUUACCUUAGUGGGAGGACAGCUCUUCACUUUGCAGCUGUACAUGGGCAUGUAAGAUGUAUCAGACUUGUUGUGGCUGACUUUGUACCAAGUGCACCAUAUCAAGCUAUACAUGCUUGCACAAAUGUUGACAAGGGUGGUGGAUCAAAUGUGAAAGGCAAACAUGAGCAUAGUGCCCUGUCGAAGUUUGUAAAUAAAACUGCUGAUGGUGGUGUCACUGCCCUUCACAUGGCCGCGUUAAAUGGGUACUUUGACUGUGUACAACUUCUGCUUGAUCUUAACGCAAAUGUGUCUGCUGUGACAUUUCAUUAUGGAACAUCAAUGGAUUUAAUAGGGGCUGGAAGCACUCCAUUGCAUUAUGCUGCUUGUGGAGGGAAUUUAAAAUGCUGUCAGAUCCUUGUUGCUCGAGGUGCAAGUCGGAUGGCUUUAAAUUGCAAUGGGUGGCUUCCUCUUGAUAUUGCUAGGAUGUGGGGGCGUCAUUGGCUUGAACAAUUACUGGCACCCAGUUCUGAUACCACAGUACCUACAUUCUCUCAUUCAAAUUAUUUGUCCUUGCCCCUUAUGAGUGUGCUCAACAUAGCUAGAGAGUAUGGAUUACAAUCAUCUACCACCUCCUCUGAUGAGAUUGAAUUUUGUGCUGUAUGUCUGGAGAGACCAUGUUCAGUGGCUGCAGAAGGAUGUGGGCAUGAACUUUGUGUAAGAUGUGCACUCUAUCUUUGCUCAACAAACAAUGUUUCUUCUGAAAUGCUUGGCCCUCCGGGCUCUAUCCCUUGCCCUCUCUGUAGACAUGGAGUUGUCUCUUUUGUCAAGUUACCUGGUUCCCAAGCAAAAGAAAAUAAGUUACAUGUGUCUCUGGGCCUGUGUACCCCUUGCAUGCUACAUCCACGUGACCUAGAUCAGCCAUCCCUCUCUCAUACACCUGAGAUUGGAAGAAAUCGUGUAGCUUCUGUUCCUGCAGAAAUACUCUGCCCCGUCACUUGUAGUCCUUUCCCAUCUAUGGCGAUUCCCCUAUGUACCUGCAAUGAUGGUCCAUGUCCAUCAUUUGAACCCAGAGAAGUAGAAACACGAGAUGAAUCACCUCAUCACUCUCAAGCAUCAACAAUGGAUCAGGAUAAAAUUGAAGGGCCAAGACUGGAUAAAACAACCUGCUCUAGCAUGUUUUGGGGUAGAAGAAGUUGCAGCAGGGAGCACCAAUGCAAUUCAGAGAUAAAUGCUUGA